UAACAAUCAAAAUCUUUACCUUAGCACCCAGAGACAAGCUCGCUGACCUCUGCUCUUUUAGCCGACCUCGUGGCAAUUCCAGCACGAGGUUGUCAUCUUGCACUCCGCGAUCUGCUCGCUCAAUAGCUCUCGCCAUGAGGCUGCGUCACUUCAUUACUUUCCGACCUCUCUCGGUCACGUUUUGGACAACCAUUAUAUACCUCAGUGUUUCAAUUCCAAUGCUGUACAUAGAAGAAGUGGUUCCAGCACCACCGAAGGUUCUUCCGGAUGGCAUCAGUUUAGCGGAGGCCUGGCAGGACUUACAGAACAUCACGGUUGCAUUCCAUCCAUUCAUCAGCCACGAAAAUGAUCGAGUGCGGCAUUACUUUAUCACUCGAGUGAAGGAAAUUUUGGACCGAAAUGGAGUAUCCUAUGCAUUUGAAGCGCUGCGCGCGACGGCCACCGGAAGCUCAUACAUUGAAGACAUGUACCUGCCCCCAAGACUUAGAUGGGGUGAUUGCUGACCAGCUGCAUCAGUCGUGCGAACGUGACAGAAAGCGGCGACUAUGAGGUGUCCUCCAAGGGCUCCGCCAUCACCGUAUUUGAUGACCAGAUUGCCAACUUUACAAUGACAUAUGACGCCGGAUCCUACUUGAGCGGCAAUGGCAACGGUUCCGGCUCGACAUGGACCGCACAGUACUUUGAAGGUAGCAACAUCUAUGUCUAUAUACGCGGAAAGCAGGAUCCGGAGGGCAACUUCUGGAAUCGUCAGAACCUCGACAAGCCUUCCAUUAACCCUGGCAUGGUUCUCGUCAAUUGCCACUUAGAUUCAGUGGCAACGAGCUACGGAGCGACAGAUGACGGUAUGGCAUGCGUCUCUAUGCUGCAAUUGCUUAGCCACUUUACAACCGACGGCCACCAACUAGAGAAUGGGAUUGUGCUCUUGUUUAACAAUGCCGAGGAGGAUGGACUACUAGGAUCGCGCGCCUUCAGCAGCAGCCCCCUACAUCCAUUUUGCCGUGCAUUCGUGAAUCUUGAAGGAGUUGGGGCCGGCGGCCGUGCGAUGCUCUUUCAAGCAACAGACUAUGGAGCAGCCAAGGCUUACUCGGGAAACCCUCACCCACUGGGCUCUGUCAUUGCUAAUGAUGGUUACGACAGUGGAGCUGUCAUGAGUGGCACUGAUUACGAAAUAUUCGCAAAUGUCUAUGGUUGGAGUGGAUUAGACAUUGCGUUCUACAAGCCUCGAUCGCGCUACCACACAGUCGAAGACGACGCGCGACAUACCUCGACGGACAGCAUUUGGCACAUGCUCUCAGCUGCCUUGGCAGCAACUCAGAACCUGUCCCAAAGAUCGAUUGGGGGCUCUGAUGAUCGAGGGAGCAGACGGCACACUGACAAGGGAGUCUGGUUCGACUGGCUCGGCUGCGUCUGGGUCAGUUUCCGACUCGUCGAUCUCUUUACGUGGUCGACCACUUUGGUGAUUGUGACACCUCUGGCUAUUGCACUCACCAUAUACGCACUUGUUAGAAAACGAGCGUGGCAUCUUCGAGACAUGGCCUGGGCUGACAUCUUUCGCUUUCCACUGGCACUUGCAUUUGCCACAACCUUGACCAGUGCUUCAUUGGUUGCAGUGGCUAACCUCAACCCAUUCAUAAUUUACAGUAGCAGCUACGCCGUAUGGGCCAUGGCGCUGUCAUCAUGCUAUCUCGGCAUGUGGGUUGUCAUGCGCGGAUGCUCCGGCAAUUCUGCGCUCGUUGUGCAGUCAUGGCUAUUCGUCGUGAUAUGGGCAUUCCAGGUGUCUGCCGUGGUGGCCGAAGGCGAGCUGCUAAUUGCGUCACUCUAUCCGGCCGCUGUUUUUCACUUGGUAGCUUUCCUGUCAUUGAUGGUUUCCCUGCUAGAGCAGCUUGGAUUACCACGACCGAAAACGAUCACCCUAAGAUCAUGCGACACAAAUGGUGGUGAACAGCCCGUCGUUUGCAAUGAGAACGAGCGAGAGGAUGACGAUGGCGAAUUGGGAGCCGACGAUGAUGCCCCUGGUCAGGAUUGUGCGUCUGCCACGAGGCCGCUGCUUGGAGAUCACGGAGGCCCUGCCUGGCUGAAAGAGGAGGGCCUCAUUGCCAUCAGCUAUCAAAAAGUCGCUUCGAGCGCGGCCGCCUUUAUCACAAUGUUCAAAGCCUGGCUGCAGCAGUCCUGUGAGGGAGACGACCCGGAGUCGAGAAACGCCCCGGGGUGGCUAUGGCUUCUGCAGUUCCUCAUCCUGGCUCCGGUUCAUCUUACUGUCGUCGGAGGCCAAGACCUAUCAGCUGUGUCAGCAAUAGCCAUGACUGGAGUCGAUGGCAGUAGCCUCGCGACCCCAUUUAUAGUCAUUGGCGCCCUCAGUAUUGUCAUAUUCCUUCCACUCGCACCGUUCUUCCAUCGCAUAACGCACCAUGUGCCUCUUCUGCUCCUGCUCCUCUUCGUCGGCACUUCGAUUUAUAACUUGAGCGCGUUUCCAUUUUCCGCAAGCAACCGCUACAAGUUUAUUUUCAAGCAGGUGGUCGACCUGGACAGGGGCAGCAAUACGGUUAUUCUCUCGGGCAGUGAAGAGUAUCUCUACCAGAUAGUUGACUCAAUUCCGGAAGCAAACAGACAACUCGGAUCGACCAUAUGCCAGCCGACAGUAGAGCGACGCCUCACAGACUGCAUCUAUGACGCAUCUCAGUACGUGCCUCAGCUUGAGAACGGUGUGGAUCUUGAGGAGUUGAUCAAGGUGGAGACGUCAGUGGAUGAAGCGACCGCGCAUCUACACGUUGACGCCCGGGAAACGAGAGGCUGCUGGCUAGAUCUCUCACGGCCGAUCUUCAACUUCACCAUUCAGGGCGGGGCCGGGCUAGAUCCGCGACUCGGCCAGAACCCUCCCGGGGGACACAUACAGCACAUCCAAGUCUGGCGGCGGGGGUGGACGGGUGCCUGGAACGUGAGCCUGCAGCUCGUUGAAGACGACAUGGAGUCUUCAGGUGCAGAUUUGGGAACACAGGCAGGGUUAUUGCACGGCCACCCGGAUCCGGGAGAGCUGAGGCUCCGAGGCGAGGCGAAAAGGGAAUAUUCAUAUCGACCUUUGGAGGUGACUGCAAGGUGUGUCUGGGGAGACGCAAACGAACCGAAGACGAUACCAGCGUUGCGUCGCGUCGAGCAGUAUAUGCCGCCGUGGGCGAUUGCCACCAGGAGAGGGUUUGGUCUUGUGGAAGUACAGAGGACUUACAAGGUCGUAUGAGGGAGGACCUAGGUAGGUAUGAAGGUCGGUACUGAUUGCUAUAAGUUAGAUUAGCAGUUAUGGUGACAGGGGCUCGGGCUCGUGGGACAAGCUCUUUCAGCGAAGUUCGGGCAGUGGCUGAGUGAAGACGACGACGACGAC